GCGUGUGAGAGCAGCUUGUGAUGUCUUUCAGUGAAGUGAUCUAUCACCCAGAUCCUUUCAACAGAAGCCGAGCCUGCAGUCAUUUCAACAUUAACCCCUUAAAGCUUGCUCCAUCGAAACCCGGUUCUCAGUAACGGGGCAAACUGUUUAGCAGGAUCCUGCCGGGCUCCAAGACUCCUGCCUUGCCAGGUAAAGUGCGGAAGCUAGAAGUCAGUCAAGCCACGAUUGAUUGGCUGAGAUCGUUAGCUCCCCCUCAGACGAUGAAUGCAAUUCUCUACCUAGGAAUGUGCAUAGGAUUGACCAGCACGGGACUCUAAUUCUGGGCUGGCUAAUGACAUUGCAAUGACGUAGCUGCUCCUGGAGCAGAAUGAUUAAACGCAGUAUGUGUAGCGUUUCAAGCAAAACGCUGCACAUACAUACUCCAGGCACCAUAACCACUUCAGAACACUGAGGUGGUUGGAAUUACCCUUUGCUGAGAGUCCAGAACCACCAUCAUAGAACACAAAUUGCUUCUAGGUGCCAAUGGGCUAAUCAAAUAGGAUCCUUUGGGAGCCUUCCUUAAUGAACUCAUUAAUUAUCAUAUGGCACAUGAACUGCACAUUUUUAAUUUGCUGCUUAUUACUAUGAAGGGAUUAUUUGUGUCCAUGUAAACAUUUACCCUGUACGUGGGGUAUGAGGUCAUAUCACUGCGCAGGGGAUGCUAAGAUCCAGAACCACCUGGGGUUUGAAUCCAAAACAAAACUUUAUGAAACUUACGCUAACAGGGUUUGUGAUGUCACAACAUAUCCCGCCUUGCUAUGUUACAUACCCAUAUCAGGACACACUGCCCAUCUAGUGUAACGUUCUAUACUAGUGAUCUUUCGUUUUAUAUUAAUCAGCUGCAUUGAGGAAAAAUGUAAAAAAUUAUACACUUAUACCUUCUUGCCUCCUCCACUAACCGUUGAGAACUGUGGCUCAAAGAGACACUCCAGACCCCUAGAGCAGUUCAAUUUGCUGAAGUGCCUCAUGUGUUAUAAGAGUGUGUCCUCUUUUUUAACAUUUUACAAAAAGUAUGGAUUUCAGUAGAAAUUGCCUUUUAAAAAAAAAUAAAAUAACCUGGUUACACCCCCUGGCUGUCAAUCAGACAGCUGCAUUGGGAAGUCUGUGAUUGGACAGCUACAGGAAGUCUGGGCAGGGCUAGAAUGGAAGGGUUUACAAAAGAUGCAGACAAGAGAUCUGCAGCUUUUGCAAGCUAUUGUUGCAUAUAUCGCAAUGAACAAAUGCAUAAUUAAUUGCAUGCAUGUUUUCAUUUGGGUAUGUCUACUAAACAGCGAUUUAUUUUUUUUUGUAUUUUUUGUGUGCUGCUCAAAGUCAAUCCCCAGAGUUUUGGAAUCUGACUGUUAGCCGACACAAUAUGUACACUCAAGAUCACAAUUCCAAUCACAGUAUUAUUCACUAACGUGAGAAUUCAAAUUACGGUUAAAAUCGUUAAACUGGAAUAAAUCUUUACCUCGGCUACGCUUUCAGAUCUCACUUUAGUGAAUAAUCCUGUUAAAGCGACACUCUAGGUCUGGGUGCAGUGUCCCUGUCUCCCUUCAUGUCAUUGAAGUGGUCUGGGUGCAGUGUCCCUGUCCCCCUUCAUGUCAUUGAAGUAGUCUGGGUGCAGUGUCCCUGUCCCCCUUCAUGUCAUUGAAGUAGUCUGGGUGCAGUGUCCCUGUCCCCCUUUAUGUCAUUGAAGUAGUCCUGGUGCAGUGUUCCUGUCCCCCUUCAUGCCAUUGAAGUAGUCUGGGUGCAGUGUCCCUGUCCCCCUUCAUGUCAUUGAAGUAGUCUGGGUGCCGUGUCCCUGCCCCCCUUCAUGUCAUUGAAGUGGUCUGGGUGCAAUGUCCCUGUCCCCCUUCAUGUCAUUGAAGUGGUCUGGGUGCAGUGUCCCUGUCCUCUAUGUCAUUGAAGUAGUUCAGUGCAGUGUCUCGUCCCCUUCAUGUCAUUGAAGUAGUCUGGAUGCAGUGUCCCGUCCUCUUCAUGUCAUUAGCACUGGGUGUAGUGUCCCUGUUCCCCCUUCAUGUCAUUGAAGUGGCUCUGGGUGCAGUGUCCUUUGUCCCUCUUCUCGUGUCAUUGAAGUAGUCUGGGUGCAGUGUCCCUGUCCUUCAUGUCAUUGGAAGUAGUCUGGGUGCAGUGUCCCUGUCCCCCUUCAUGUCAUUGAAGUAGUCUGGGUGCAGUGUCCCUGUUCCCCCUUCAUGUCAUUGAAGUAGUCUGGGUGCAGUGUCCUCAUCCCCCUUCAUGUCAUUGUAGUAGUCUGGGUGCAGUGUCCCUGUCCCCCUUCAUGUCAUUGAAGUAGUCUGGGUGCAGUGUCCCUGUUCCCCCUUCAUGUCAUUGAAGUAGUCUGGGUGCAGUGUCCUUGUCCCCCUUCAUGUCAUUGAAGUAGUCUGGGUGCAGUGUCCCUGUCCCCCUUCAUGUCAUUGAAGUAGUCCUGGUGCAGUGUCCCUGUCCCCCUUCAUGUCAUUGAAGUAGUCCUGGUGCAGUGUCCUUGUCCCCCUUCAUGUCAUUGAAGUAUUCCUGGUGCAGUGUCCCUGUCCCCCUUCAUGUCAUUGAAGUAUUCCUGGUGCAGUGUUCCUGUCCCCCUUCAUGUCAUUGAAGUAGUCCUGGUGCAGUGUCCCUGCCCCCCUUCAUGUCAUUGAAGUGGUCUGGGUGCAGUGUCCCUGUCCCCCUUCAUGUCAUUGAAGUAGUCCUGGUGCAGUGUCCCUGUCCCCCUUCAUGUCAUUGAAGUAGUCUGGGUGCAGUGUCCCUGUCCCCCUUCAUGUCAUUGAAGUAUUCCUGGUGCAGUGUUCCUGUCCCCCUUCAUGUCAUUGAAGUAGUCCUGGUGCAGUGUCCCUGCCCCCCUUCAUGUCAUUGAAGUGGUCUGGGUGCAGUGUCCCUGUCCCCCUUCAUGUCAUUGAAGUAGUCUGGGUGCAGUGUCCCUGUCCCCCUUCAUGUCAUUGAAGUAUUCCUGGUGCAGUGUUCCUGUCCCCCUUCAUGUCAUUGAAGUAGUCCUGGUGCAGUGUCCCUGCCCCCCUUCAUGUCAUUGAAGUGGUCUGGGUGCAGUGUCCCUGUCCCCCUUCAUGUCAUUGAAGUAGUCCUGGUGCAGUGUCCCUGUCCCCCUUCAUGUCAUUGAAGUAGUCUGGAUGCAGUGUCCCUGUCCCCUUCAUGUCAUUGAAGUAGUCCUGGUGCAAUGUCCCUGCCCCCCUUCAUGUCAUUGAAGUAGUCCUGGUGCAGUGUCCCUGCCCCCCUUAGCUCUGCAAUGUUAAACAGAGAAACUGCAAUGUUUAUAUUGCAGGGUUAAGAUUGCCCCCAGGUAAUGUCUACCAGACAGCCACAAGAGGCCCUUCCUGCGGUUUCAUGGAGAUUGACUCUUUGCACGAGGACAUCCAGCGUUUCUAAAACCCCAUAGGAAAGCACGGAUUCAAAGCAUUCCUAUAGGGAAGGCCUAACUUAAGUACGGCGUUCCCCCUCGUGAUAACAUCGGAUCCGGCAUCGAAGGACCUUGGCACUGGAAGAAGAGAAAGUGAAAAUAGCUUUUUUUGCACCCUUAGAUAAUCAUGGGGACUGGAGGGAGGACCCUAAAGUACAGCUGUGUAUUCUCAGUACUAUCGUGUUCCUUUAAUUCUGGCUGCCCGCAGUAUACAGCAAGUGAGAGCAAUUACCCAUCCCCAAAUCCUGGAAAGCGAUCUACCGUUACCUGAUAUAUUCACUGAGCAUUGCAGAACGGUAGGAGAGGGAGGAAUGUGAAAGUUAAGGCAGGGGAGGGAGAGUUUGUUUAUACUUGUUAUUGUUCGACCGAAUACAAUUGUAACAACUGCAAAGUGUAAAUUGUAUGUGCACAUUCCUUACAUUACCUUCCAUAUACUGCACGAAGGAAGAACAGAAAUGGCGUGCAGCACAUGAAUCCUACAUACCGUAGGGCCGUGUUUUCAUGUGCUGUGCAUAGACCUCUAGACGUGAACUAAUCCAGGAACCCGUGGCUGAUCUAGGAUACUAUGCACUAAUUACCACUAACGAGGGGCUCCUUAUGGCUCGAUGUUAUCAGUGAUUAGAGAUGUUUUAUUUUUUAUAAAUGCGGAAAUUGUUUUAAUUAAGGAAUUAAUAAAAAAGUUGGGUCGUUUUUGGUCGACACCAAACAAUCGUAUAUCACUACAAAAACGCCAGGUUUGGUGCUUGUAUCCAGCACGAAUUGCACUUAUUUACCAAACUACGAUGAACCGAGCUGAAAAAAUAGCAAAACUAGUAAAUAUAUUCACUUUGAGUAUUUUGGCCUCAAAUUGUCAAUUUCUACAAUUCUUAGUUUAGUGUAAAAAAAAUUGAACAAUUACUGCGAAUUACCUAGAAAUGAAUGUUAUAUAUAUAUAUAAAAAGUGCUUCCCUGCAGUGUGUGCAAUAUUGAGCAGCAUAUGAAUUCUCCAUACAGCAGCCCUUCUCAGGUAUUUCUCCAAUGGGACCUGGGACCAGGGAAGCAGUAUGGUUUGACCCCCAAUGACCUUAAACUAUAAAUAUUUCAAGAUAAAAAGGCUGGAUGAAAUUUGUUCCAGUUUAAACUGAAGAAAAAUAAUAUUUGGGCGAUUGAUGGACUUCAAGACACCCUCUCAUCUCUCCGUUACCAUGGUUUCCACAUAUUAUAAUAUGUCCCAAUUAAGGCUGAGUGUUCUGGUACAGAAUCUUUAUAUAUCGCGGUGUUCUCAGACCUCAGCAGCUGGCGAUGCUGUACAGCAAAAUGCGUGCGGAUAAAUUUAACCCAGAUCUGAAGAAUCCGAGGAGUAUUUUUGGAUGGGAACAAACCUGUGUGGGCGGCUUUUCCUGAAAUGUUUGAAAAUAACGAUCUGCUUUUAUAAAACUGCGGCCACGCGCAGUGCUGGGGGGAUUAGUCCGGUGCAAUCAUCCUGCAGAGAUUCACGUUGUAAAGUAUGGAAUUAAACGGGGACUGACCGGAGACAGGUCUUUAUGGGAGAGGCUUGACUCCAGCCAAAUGGGGUCACUGACUAUUUAUAAAAUUGGCGUUUACUUUUUAAAUAAGGUACAAAAAAAUAAAUAAACCAUUAAGAUGCCCUGAGUAUCAAGGACUGGGUAUCCUUGUUGGACACGUGGCAAUACUCGCUCUCUUCCUGUCUAUGUCUAUAUUCUUAUUUAUAGGAAAAUUGAUGUUAAAUGAGAUUUAUGGAAAGUUCAGAAUGUGAUGAGCAGUGAAAUCUGGUGACAAGGCUGUGGAGUCUGUGCCAUGUGGGGGUAGGGGGGGUGCUCUGCCAUGUGUGAGUGGGGGGGGUUCUCUGCCAUGUGUGAGUGGGGGGUGAGGGGUUUCUCUGCCAUGUGCGAGUGGGGAGAGAAGGUUUCUCUGCCAAGUGCAAGUGGGGAGGGGGUUUCUUUGCCAAGUGUGAGUGGAGAGGCGGUUUCUCUGGGGGGAAAAGGUUUUACUGCCAUGUACAGGUGGGGGGAGGAUUUUCUGCCAUAUACAGGGGGGUUUCAAUGCCAUGUACAGGUGGGAAGGGGGUUCUCUGCCAUGUACAGUGGGGGGCGUUAUCUGCCAUGCACAGGUGGGGGGGUUCUCUGCCAAGUACAGGUAGGGAGGGGUUUCAAUGCCAAGUACGGGGGGAUCUCUGCCAUGUACAGGUGUGGGGGGUAUUCUCUGCCAUGUACCCAGGGGGGUGGGCUACCCGCCAUGCUGGAGUGUGGGGGUUCCUCUGGCUUUACUUGGGGGUGUUCUCUGCCAUGUACUUGUACUUGGGGUGGGCGGGGGUUAUCUGCCUGUAUGGGUGGGGGUUCUCUGCAUUUUUGGGGGUGGGGGGAUUAACUCUACCAUGUACAGGGGGGUGCUCUCACCUGCUACCAUGUACUUGGGGUGGUGAGGGGGUUCUCUGCCAUGUACAGAGGGGUGGGGGAUUAUGCUGCCAUGUACAGGGGUGGGGGAUUAUCUGCCAUGUACGGGGGUUGGAGAUUAUCUGCCAUGUACGGGUGGGUGUUCUCUGCCAUGUAUUUGGGGGUUCUCUGCCAUGUACAGGGGUGGGGGAUUAUCUACUUGGGUGGGGUUAUCUGCCAUGUACAGGUGUUCUCUGCUACGUGUACAGGGGUGGAGGAGGGUUCUCUGCUUAUGUGUACAGGUGGGUUAGAUGGCCAUGUCACGGGGUGGGGGAUUAUCUGCCAUGUACAGGUGGGGGUUCCCUGCCAUGUAUGGGGGUGGGGGUUCUCCGCCAUGUACAGGAGGGGGUUCUAUGUAGAAUGGUGAUAUAUCACACUGUAUAAGGCUGAAUGGCAAUAUCACAUAUAAUUGAUUUUGAUUCUUAUAGGAAGGAACCCAUAGAAUGUUUAUUGUGUCCGGAGGUCACGUGAUACUUUGUAUCCAAUCACAUUGCAAUAUUGAUAGAACAUGCAGGUAACCUGAGGCCUUUUGGUCAAUAAAUAUUUUAUUAUCCUGUGCGGCUCCAGGAACUGCUCUCAGUGUUUCAUUCAGUCUGGGAGAGUAAUAUCACUUCCUUUUAACCAUUUCACCAUAAUAACUGUAAAAAAUAAAGUGACUCUGAGCAACACCUGUGUGCAAGAACAGCACUGCCUUGAUGGUUAACCCAUUCAUGACAAGGGGGGUCAUUUCCCAAGCUCUGAACUGAAUGACAAUAUGCAGCAGAUUUGGAGUUUUUCUGGAUUGGCUAUUUUAUAUUAAAUGUUGCCGUUUGAUUCACUACAAUUCAGAGUUCCAGGAACAAAUCCCGAGGACUCUGGCAAUUCCCAUUAUAUAUCAUCAGUUUUGGCGUUUUAAUUUGGUAGCUUCCUGUGCUUGAUAAAUUGCGCAGGCCAAAGCGGUGAGCGAGCAUAAACAAAGCGCUGUCCUUAAUCUGACUUGAUGGGAUUCAGUAAUGGAAUGGUUAUAGAGAGAGUGUAGCGGAGAGACAGCCAAUCACAGGGGACUGGGAGAUUAACUGCCGGUGCUGAACGAGCCAUGACUCACCCAGGGCAUAACCUCUUAAAGGUGUAAUCGUCCUAUCCUUCUAACAAGACUUGAACGUUCACUCUCCCCCUCGAUCCAACACAGCUUUCUAUUUUCUGAAGGAUGCUUCCUUAGUGUGGAUACACAUGGAUUUUCUUUCAUUACCGGGGAAACAACUUGCAAGGGAGAUACAGGGAAAGAUUAUUAGGGUUUAAUAACGAUUCAUUUAAAGCUCUCUAUGUAUUUACACUGUUUGCUUGCUGGAAACUGAAUUUUUGAUGGAUUUGGACCAUCCGUCAUUUUAUAAAAAUAUAUUUGGGCUGAUGAAUACUACAGCCAUUACAGCAUAAGGCUAUCCUAACUAUAAGAUAAGGCUAGGGACUAAUGAAAGUAUUUAGAAAAUUGGGCAGACUAGAUGGGCCGAAUGGUUCUUAUCUGCCGUCACAUUCUAUGUUUCUAUUACGGCUGCCACAGAGUAGUGGGAGUUGGAGUGCAAAGCUUUAUUUGCUUAUCGACCUGCUAACCUCCCCAUGGCCUGUAGCUUUCUACCAAGCCGCGCAUUCAGCUUUGUAUCAGACGAAUUAUUUGGGUAGGUCUGGGCUGGCUUUCUUAUAUAUAAAGUACAAAGCCCUAGUGCUUCUAGUCUCAAUGUUUUUAUUGCUGCUAUACAGUCUGAGUGCUUCCAGGGACACUCAAAGCAUCCAAACCACUUCUUCUUAAUUUGAGAAACGGCAGUGUUUACAUGUUCGAUUCACUUCUCCAGCGACUGUCAGACUGUAGACCUUCAAAAAUGGUUCAGCUUCUAAAUGUCCUUUUGCCCAGCAUGAUGAUGUCUGACAUGGUUAAUGGUUGGAUUCAGUGAGAAGAAUCCAGUUGGGGGAGCACAGUAAUCGCAGUGUCUGCACCCUCUCUACCUAAUGCUUCUUUAUGAGAAGUAUUGGACUGGACUGUCACGGAGUAAGAAGCUGCACCAUGAGGACGGACUGCGAUGAAGAUGAUAUUUAUGGCCAUAUUUAACAUUUAUUUUUAAACAAAAGUCUGAGGUGGGCAGGAAUCUAAACACCAACCAAUCCUCUAACGUUACAAAUAAAUGUUUUUGGGAUUUGUGUUGCUCUUGCUGGUCGAACUGUUCUGUUUUCACAUAUACAGAUGUUCCCGUUGCCAUAAAUAAAUUAUAAUGUUUUGGCUAUUGUACGUAUUGGAGCAGCAUGUAGUGGUUGUUCACCGAGUACACUGUUAAUACAUUCCAUGUAACGUAAUUCCCGGCUUAGAAACGACUGACGGCUCUGUGCGACCCACCAAACCUCUAAUCAGAGCUGACAUUUCUCUCGAGUGGAAGUUAUUUGUGUCCUCAAUCUCAGGGACACUUCUAAGGAAAUUCACAUUUCUUUCCAUAAACCAGCUGUUUCCCUCUGACCCACGGCCACCAACAUCCCUUUCUAGCGUCUCCAUGGGACGUGACUGUCCUGGUGCCGAGUCUAUUUCAAAGCUACGUUUACUCCUGUCCAUUAAUCAGGCAAAUAAACUAGCUGCCCUGAUAAUGUAGCAUUUCCAUCAUGACCCAACAAAGACUGUAUCUGUAGCUUCAGGCAGGGGAUUAUCUGUUUACUCUUGAUGGGGGUUUAUUUAAAAUACGGUGAAUGUGUCCCAUUCACUACUUAUAUGCUGAGUGCGACAAUGGAGGAGCCUAGCCAAUCAGAGUUUAGCUUUGGUACAGAGAAUUUAAAUGGCAUUUGAUUUGAUUUUAGCUUCAUGUCCAUUCUGUGUUUCGGUAUAACCCACCCACUCGACCUUUUAGGACACAAUUCAGCUACACGAUCACAAAAUGAGACUAUACGGUCUGAGACCAAGAUGGCUACUUUCUGGCACUCCACUUGUCAUGCACUACAUAUCGUAGGACUCCCUUGGAAUGAUGGGAAGUGUAGUCGUCUAGAGAUGAACCAAGGUUUUCCAUUCAAUGAGCCAAAAAGAUAUCCUUAGAAAUUGUGAUCCAGAUUAUUUUGCUGAUGGUUUAAGCCCUACACAUAAAUAUAAUAAUUAAACAUGAAUAAAUGGCAUUAGAUGAAAUCUCUAAUGAGCUGAAAUAACAGCCUGUCCUGUUGGUGAAUGACCUUUAUUUCUCUAAACAAGCUGAGAUUGUGCCUGCUUUACCCUCGUUAAUGUGCCUGUUAGCCAGCACGGGCAGUCACAGGGUUAAUUAGAGACGUGUUCUCCAGUGUUUGCUCAAGGCUGACGAAGACGAAAGAAUGAGGGAAGAAUGACUGGGUAAAGCACACACGUCACACCAAGGACAAGUCCAUGGAGAAUAAUGGCAGUUUGAGAUGGCCUCGAUAUGACGCAUGAGGAUAAAUUAAUCCUAACCCCGGAUUAUUACCCGAGAAUGCUCACAUGGGUAUAAUGAUAUAGACCUGUCCAGCUCUGCUGAAAUCAUUUACUAUAGGCACUCUUUUUAGCAGAGGGUUAUGGGACUUGUAGGCCAACAACUGCUGGUGCAGGAUGUGCCGCAGUUGGACAGCCUUCUCAUAGAGUAACAGACAAAAAGCUGAUACAUUUUUUUUAGAAUCCUUCGACACCCUACAUCUAGCUGGUUCUCUUAAUGUAUACUAGUCCCAAUGUUGACAGUCUUUGAGAAGGUCCAAAAUCAAUCCUGUCUUUGGCAGCAAAAACUUCCGGCAGCAAGUAUUGACAGGCCUGUGUUACUGGGUUCACUUAUUAUUAUUUAAAAAGCGCCAACGCAUUCUGCAGCAAAGUACAAAAAGUUCACAAAAUAUCCAGUACAUCAGAUAAUCAUGGUUCAUUUCCUUGUGUUAUCUGGAUGAUUUUGGUACUAUGUAAAAAUUAAUCAGUGUUUAAGAAAGGUAUCAGGAUGAUGUCUGAAGAAUGUUCACUAAUAGUAAAUUGAAAAAGAAAAAUUUAAUUUCACUUCACAAUAGCCAAAUUAAAAAAAAAUCCAUUGUUUGUUUCCCAGUUGGUUACUUUGAGCUAAGUUUAGCAAACCUUUUUAAACAGUUUUCUUUUUCGAUUCCAUUAGGGGUUAUCUCUCUCCUCUGUAGUAUACCUUUGUGAGCCGGACUUUAUGCGUUUCCUCCUUUUUAAACAGUACUUGUAAUUUUGACUCCGUUCCCCAUUUUUACACAGACCCGCUUUCACAGAAUAAAACCAGAACGGGGACAGUAUUGUCACCGUGUGACUAACUCCCCUGCGAAUGCCAUUCCUGCGCCACAGGACAUACAUUUAGAAACCAGAUUACUUUAUUAAUAUAACUUUAAUGGCUAAAUAUUGAAUAAACCAGCCUAGCCCCAGGCUCCUCCUUUCAUUCUGUGCCUUCUAUAGAACAUUAAGCUCUCACUCUUGGCCUGUUUUUCCUCCUCUUUAAAUCCUCCGAGGAAUGUUCUUUAUAGACACAGGCAUCAUGCUGAGUGCUAACUCUUGCUGGUCCAGAGAGUGUUCAGGAGGAUGCGGUGAGCAGUAAGCCUGUUACCUAGCAACAGUAGCAUCUCUCCUGCCUAGCAACCAGAGCAUCGCUCUGUGCAUGUCCCUAGUUCAGGCUAAUUCUGUGUACAAGUUGCAGAAUAUAAUGGAACUAUGCAGCAGCAACAAAAUCUUUAUUGCAAACACCACAAUAUUUUAUUUCAAUAAUUGCAAUUAUCUAACAAAAACAUUAUAAAGUGGCUGCCUAACCAUGAGGCCGGUUACAGGCACUCCCCAUGUUAGGGUGCUUCCGCAUUGCAAGGAGAAUGAGCUAGCCUGACUGGCUACAAAUCUAUAAAACACGUAUGAUGGUCAUCUGACUUAAACGUCCCGCCAUGUUGGCCGACACGUAACAUGUUUUGGAUAUUUCCACCGCUUUCCAUAACGGCGUACCAUUAUCUCGUUUUUACAGUCUAUCGUAAAAAGAAAAGCAUUUACGUAUGAAGUGUGGGAAGAAUCCAGUACAGGCAGGUUGCAGUGAGGGGGUACUCGUGUGUCCCUAUAAUAUUUUUGACAAUAUAAAGCUACUGAUUUAAUAAAAUAAAGCAUGAUAUUUAUCAAUGUCUUGGCUGCUGGCUUUGCUGUCUACAAAUAGGUCUGGCAUCAGGAAGCAGAGUGAUCGAUCGCUCCAUCUCCCAAAAGAUUUGGCAGCAGCUAAGAGUAUUAUCUUCCCAGGCUGUGAUGGGGGAGCUUGUCUGUGACUGCUGGGGGGUGGUGAGGGGGGUAGUGAUACCCCAAAAUACAUUGAGAUGUGUUGGAAUCAGCACUCUGACGUGGGGUAAAUUACAUGAAAAAUUAACCUUUUACAAUAGAACAGGCAGGGUUAAACCCCGUGCACCGGGGAAAGUGUGGGUUUAUUCACUAAUUAGACUGCACUGAAUUAUAAAACAAGUUCUGUAAACCACCCACAGUGGGAACGUGAGGAGGGUCGAGUAGCAUGGGGAUUGCUCAGGAAUCCAUUUCCAAACGAUUUUCCAGAUGAAUUAAAAGGCCCACUGGCAGGCCCACACUGUAAAAAGAAAAUUGAACAAAAACAAGAGGUUUUAGGGGUUAAUAGAAUGAUCUUUAAAUGUGGGGCCCCCAGAAGCCAAUAUUAUUAGCAUGUAGGUGGGUCACGACUAAUGUAAUUGUGUGGGUGUCCCCUUUUGCUAUCCCUCUUUCUCCACCCUAUAGGCCAUAGAGGGAGAAAAUGUGUCUACUUCUUUUUAGAUCCAGGGUCAUGAGGAUGCCAAUUGCCAAGGGGAAAUAACACUCCUACGUAUUUGCCCCUCCCACCUGUCACUGUGGAUUCGCAGGUCCCCCCAUGGCUUAGCCGUCACUCCACAAACAUGCACACCUUGACGGAUUGGAAUUAUUAAUGAUGUCUCCAUUUAUGUUAGAUUUCUCACACUGUGUUUCAUGUGUGAGAAUUCAGGAUAUCAGGAACCCCUGGAAGCCACGUCUCACAGUGUGUAAUAUUUUAUUAGGAGCAGCAUUCAUGGUAUAUAAAUCAUUUACAGAGAGAAGGAUAAUUAGUGAUUCAUUACCAGGUGGGACACUGUCAAUGGCCUUUAUUUGCUUUGAAUCUAUUUAAUUCCGUGAGGAGAUAAGGAUUCUAAAUUAUUCAGCUACAGACUUUCCAUUGUAGACAGACAGAGAGCGAGGAAUGGAUGGAUGGGUGGGGCACUUCCAAAUCAUCUGUUAUAGCCUAGAUUUUCCCACUUUGGAUUUCCCCUAAAUUUUCCUCCUUUUGGGUUUGGUGAGCGGGACUCCAGCUCCCCACCAUGCGCAAUGGAGCUCUGCUGGUUUGGGUGAAUGCAGAACUUGAUCUGCUUGUCUAAAUACAUGUUUAUGAGUGGUUAGUUAUGAAUAAUCCUUUUCCCAAUGCCCAGCAAAAGGUAACGGAGAGCCUGAUUUUGCCAAUCAGAUCUGGAUUCCAUUCAGUGUUUUGUGAAUUGAUGGAUUGCCAGUUCAAUUGCCGCAGUUACGGUUUGCGAAAACAAGGGGGCAUAUUCAGCACUUUUUAAAUAAUGACACCAGGCACACCCAGCAUACAUGCCAUGCCCACCUUCCAGGAGGGUACAUGCAGUUGGCAGCUCAAGCAGAUCACACUCUAUACAUGGUCCUGGUGCCCAGUCCCUUUCUGCAUUUUAAAAUCAGCUUUCUAAAUGUGGGACUGGUCCCCAGGAUCAAUUUUUGAUGGGACUGUACCCGAAAAUGCGGACAAAUGGCAUCUAUGACACAGACAGACACAUAUAUGUAGGCACACUUACACACAAUGAUGCGCAUACAGACACAUAUACUGACACACACAAACAGACACAUAUACAGACACACACGCAGACGCACGGGCAGGAACACACAUGCACACAUGUAGUAAUGCACAUACUGUUAUACACUGACACAGACAAACACACCUGUCGCAAUAUGAUGCAAUAUAGAUUAAAAGAAGUAAAAUGGGUUAAUGUCACCAGAGUGCAGUGAACACUCUCAUACGUUGGAAUGUUUGACCUAAAUAGAUUUUAUUGCAAUAUUUUUUCUAUUUGAUAUAAACCUUUACUCCAAACAUACAUGUUAAAACAUGUAUUUGUUGAUGGAGGAACCCAGUGAAUCAGCUGUUUGAUGGCUGUAUUGCUCUGUUCCAUGCGCAGGAGCUCAGGCAGAGACAGAUGCAAUGUACAUAGAGUUUAAUCCUGAGCUUAAUCUCCCCAUAUCACCGGAACACUCCCAAUAAUCUGUUUAUAUUGUAAUCUAACGCUUACCAUAGCUCUAAUCUGCUGUCUUUAGAACACUACCUCCAGCAUCAACAACAAAAAAGACAAUACCUCCCAAGUGGCCCUGUUUAGCAGCAUCAGUGCCUCUCUAAUGUGUCGUUAAAUUACAAUAAACGUAGGAAUUAGUCUGUGUAAAUAAGAUACAAUGUCCUUUGUGACGGUAGUAGUCAAUAUCACCGUCUAGAUUUCCUUUUCCCAAUAGCAGAGUAAUCCCAAUAAUCCACGAGAAGAAAUUUCGCUGUAAUCGCCAAAUAAUCCACACAUGAGCCAAGGCUUAAUGCUGGAACAAGUCUGAUUUACUGGCACACAGAACUCACAAUUUAUGCAACACAAAACUCCUCCUCUGGGCCAGGCUAGAUAAUUGAAAAGAAAAGUACUUUUUAUAUUACAUACAAACAUAAUUUUAAAAUCCCUGGGUAGCUGAUGGUCUGGGAGUUUAAGAUGGCCGCCAUCCAUUGUUCUUCGCCACGUGUUCGGCUCCCGAAAUGGCGGCCACCCGGGAACUCUCAAUUACUUGCGGUUACACACGAUUCUAUGUUCUAAUUGCUACCCAGGGUGGUCCUUGUUUGGUAAAAUAGCGAUUUUACCGAACAAGGGAUUUGAACGUACAGAAAAUAACGAAUGCACCAGUAAUACAGGUAAUAAAUCUCACGAAUACAACAGCAGGGAGAGAAAAUAAAAAUGAAUUGAGGGUGAUUCUUCACAUCCUUGUUCUAGAUUAUGUUUCUAGUUAUGUAAAUGUGUAUCCAUAGGUUACAAUGUCUAUGAAAAUAUUAAAGCCUCAGCCAUGGCCAUACCCCCAGCCAUACUCUUGUCAUUAAAAGGUCCCUUUCUGACCAUGUACCACGAAUAUCUUAUAAAUAAGAGAAAUAUGAUUUGGAAAACAGAUAUGCAAAGAAUCCUAGGUCCAUGUGUUCCCAUUCAUUGACCAUGGAAUCUGCAGUCCAGGCUAAAAAACACAAAGUUUUAAAAGUUAAAAGCUAAAGUACUUUUAUGCAGCUAAGUAUAGUUCUCUGUUUAGUGAGGCCCGUUUACUCACCCAUCUUCACACACUUUCUGCAUUGAGAUUUUUGGUAAUUUGGUUCGUAUCGGAUUGCCAUCUGCUGUUUACACUCCAGGGAUUUGUUUAGGAGAAAUUGCUGGCUCCUUCUGUCUGUGUGUGCGGUACCUACAGGAUCCAACAGAUUGUCAGGGAGCAGGGGAACGAGAGAGUCUGCCUACACAACUAGUGCGUAAGCAUCACCAUCAUUAUCAGCCAUGCUUUGUACCAAUAAAUUGUCAUCUAGUGCGUGAUCUGCAACACAAAAUAUCAUUACCAGCCUUGCUAUGAAUGGAUUAAUAGUCUUCCUCUAGAACUGGGGUAGGCAACCUUUGGCACUCCAGAUGUUGCAAACUACAUCUACCAUGAUGCUUUGCCAGCAUUAUGGCUGUAAGAGCAUUAUGGUAGAUGUAGUCCAAAACAUCUAGAGAACCGAAGGUUGCCUAUCCCUGCUCUAGAACAUGAUAUGGGAGAUUGUUAUAAUUGUGAGCUGUAACGGACCGUUUUGCAAACAAGAGGUUAAAAACCGUUUAGGUGAUAUUCCCCUUUUAGAUGCACAGGCAGCUACUGCAAGCACCAAUCUCCCGAACUGCAAACUACACGAAUGCUCCAACUCCCGAACAGGAAACACACGAACACUGGAAACAGCCGAACAGGAAAAACAUACAAUCAGCUUACUGUGGCUACCUGCCCAGCUUUUAUGCAGGUCUUCCACCAGGUGGACACUACCCUAGGGGACCAGAUGGGAAACUGGGAAACAUAUUGGACAUUGACCAAUCACAAGCUUACAAUCCCACAAUGCAUCACAAUCCCUCCUCUCUGUCCUGGAGAUAAUUGGGAAGUAAUCCAAUUAUCUUCAAGGACAGAGGCAAAACUCCAUUAACCACAUGGCAGACAAAGGACAAUAAAAGACAUUAAAAUAUCCAAUAUUACACUUACUACACAAAACAUAUACAUUCUACCUAUCCCCAGAUAGCUUAGAUCUGAGCGCACAUCACUAACAAAUGGCACCCAGAUCACAUACAUACAGUUCAAUCACCAUGGAGCCAAAGUCUUUCCCAUAGUCUUUCGUUACACAAAUAGGCUCCAUGGCAUGGCUAUCUGGGGUGAUGCUGUUCAUAUGGUUAAACUACCGAAUGAACAGGCAUUCGGUUACACUACCGAAUGCAGAGGUAAGGAGGCUGGCGGCUCAGUGGUGUUUGUGCAAAUAAAUGUCCGUUUCCAGUUCCAUAGUUUGGGCGCUCAACACCGCUGGCCGUUCGGGAGUUAAAAUGGCCUCUGCCACGUGUUCGGCAAACAAACAAAGGCCGCCCAGUGUUCUUCAAUUGAGCUGCGGUUAACCGCAGCUUCUGGGCGGUCAAUUGAUGGCACACUCCAGUUCCCAGGUGGUCGAUCGAUCGGUACUUUGUUCAGUAGAUUGAAUCUACCGAAAACACCCCGGCAGAAAGGCACAAAUAAGCCUUUCUGCAGGGAAAAUAAAAGGUUUUAAAUGCCUGGCCGUAGUCUAAAGGGAGCAGGCGAGCAACCAGGCUCCUCCAGUGGACAGUGGCGAGGCUGGUUCCGCUACAUGAGCCUUACUCUUUAUGGAUCCAUUGUCUUCCUCUGGAAUGUAAUCUGAGAGAUUGCUAUAAAGGUCAGCCUUGCUCUGGAUAAAUCCAUAGUCUUCCUCUAGAACGUAAUCUGAGAGAUUGUUAUAAUGGCCAGCCUUGCUCGGGUUAGAUCUGUACUCUUCCUGUAAAACGUAAUCUGAGAGAUUGUUAUAAUGGUCAGCCUUGCUCGGGAUAGAUCCGUACUCUUCCUCUGGAAUGUAAUCUGAGAGAUUGUUAUAAUGGUCAGCCUUGCUCUGGAUGGACCAAUAAUCUUCCUCUAAAACGUAAUCUGAGAGAUUGUUAUAAUGGUCAGCCUUGUUCGGGAUAGAUCCGUACUCUUCCUGUAGAACGUAAUCUAAGAUAUUGUUAUAAUGGUCAGCCUUGCUCGGGAUAGAGCCGUACUCUUCCUGUAGAACGUAAUCUAAGAUAUUGUUAUAAUGGUCAGCCUUGCUCGGGAUAGAAGAUCCGUAGUCUUCCUCUGGAAUGUAAUCUAAGAGAUUGUUAUAAUGGUCAACCUUGCUCGAGAUGGAUCAAUACUCUUACUCUAGAAUGUGAUAUGAGAGAUUGUUAUAAUGGUCAGCCUUGUUCGGGAUGGAUCACUAUUUGUGUGUGUCAGGGUGCACGUGUGUUUGUAUAGGUCAGUGUAUGCGUGUGUGUAUGUGUCAGUGUGUAUCUAUGUGUGUGUGUAUAUGUUGAUGUCUAUAUGAAUUUGUGUGUAUGUAAAUCUGUGUAAGUAUGUAUGUAUGUGGUAAUGUAUGUGCAUACAUCCAAGCAGUCAUACACCAGCACAACAUACAAACACACUCCUGAAAUCUAACACAAAUAUUACAUACAAAACACAUUCCUGCAUUCAAACUCCAAAAGGAUACACAACACCCCUUCACUCAAACACACAUACUUCACACAAAAGUACACACACAUUUAAAAGAGAACAUUACAUUUAGACAAACCCUGCAAUCAAACAUCACAUACAAACACACCCCUGUAUAAAAACACAAUAACUAUAUACAAAGCACCCCUUCAAACACCAACACUGUACAUUACAGUAUAGCGCCAGUAAAUGCCGCAGCGCUGUACAGAUAUACAAUCUAGAAAUUUUGACUUGGGGCGGCUUGGAAAAAUAUUGAAAUAUUAAGGGCGCCUUGAACCUAAAAAGUUUGGGAACCACUGGGCUAGAGGAAGCUGCUAGCCCAUGCACAAAUGUUGCUGUACAGCUAAACACUACAUACUGCCUGACCAAGCCUGCAUCUGCACAGCAAGCGAUCCUUCACACCAUUAAUAAUAAAUGGGCAAGCUCUCUGCGUCUCACCUCUUCCUCGCCAUUCUGGAAUCUAUAAAGUAAAUCAAUAAAAUGGGUUAAGUAUAGGGAAACUCACUGGAAUCGGUCAUAGUUGCCCUUGGCCUUGUGAAGCUUGGUCCUGCACUUUGUGUAUUACGUAGUUACAUAGCUGAAAAGAGACUUGCGCCCAUCAAGUUCAGCCUUCCUCACAUAUGUUUUUGCUGUUGAUCCAAAAGAAGGCAAAAAAACCUAGUCUGAAGCGCUUCCAAUUUUGCCACAAACUAGGAAAUAAUUCCUUCUUGACCCCAAAAUAGCAGUCAGAUGUCUACUUGGAUCAAGCAGCUAUUACCCCACUAAUUGGAAAUGAUAUCCCUGUAUGUUAUGUUUUUGUAAGUAUUUAUCCAAUUGCAGUUUAAACAUCUGUAUGGACUCUGACAAAACCACCUCUUCAUGCAGAGAAUUCCAUAUCCUUAUUGUUCUUACUGUAAAAAAACCUUUUCUUUGCCUUAGAUGAAAUCUCCUUUCUUCCAGCCUAAAUGUGUGACCUCGUGUCCUAUGUAUAGCCCUGUUUAUGAAUAGAUUUCCAGAUAAAGGUUAUGUAUAUUUGUAUAAAGUUAUCAUAUCCCCUCUCAGGCGCUGUUUUUCCAAACUAAACAGAUUUAAUUUUUUAACCUUUCUUCAUAACUAAAAUGCUCCAUUCCUUUUAUCAACGUUGUAGCUCAUCUCUGGACUUUUUCUAGUGCCAUGAUAUCUUUCUUUAGAACAGGUGCCCAAAAUUGUAUUCAUUCACACAAACUGCAGAGCAACUAAAUGCAAAGACUGCGGAGCAACUAAACACACACAGACUGCAGAGCAACUAAACACACAUAGACUGCAGAGCAGCUAAACACACAGACUGCAGAGCAGCUAAACACACAGACUGCAGAGCUACUAAACACACAGACUGCGGAGCAACUAAACACAGACUGCGGAGCAACUAAACACAGACUGCAGAGCUACUAAACACACAGACCGCAGAGCUACUAAACACACAGACUGCAGAGCAACUAAACACACAGACCGCAGAGCUACUAAACACACAGACUGCAGAGCAACUAAACACACAGAAUGCGGAGUAACUAAACACACAGACUGCAGAGCAACUAAACACAGACUGCGGAGCAACUAAAUGCACAAACUCACAAAAUUAAGUCCUGCACUCAAACUCCCAUCACUCCUGGGCGGCAGCAAUGACCAUAGCACACUUCAGCCCCAAUACAUACAAUAAACCCAAAGAAAAAAGUUACCUGCGCUCUUCCCAAAUCCCUACGCAUAUUUAUACAAAUGGAGGUUAUUUAGUUUCUCCAAUGGCCACUAGAUGGCGUUCACCUGCCCCUCUCAGGUGGGUCCUACACUGACUAUUCACCUUGCUCCAUUGAGCUUCUGGCAACGAGAUCUCUAAAGAGACAGAGAGGGGUAUUUUUCUAAACCCCUACAUACUUAUUAACCCUUAAUAGGGAACACAUGGGGUCUGCGGCAGCAUUGUAACCUAGCUUUGUGAUUCAAAAGGUAAAUCCAAAUACACAAAAAUAUAUUUGUAUUCACUUUUGUAUCACACAGCCAUGUAAUAAUCACACUGUAAUAUUGUAAUAAUCACACUGUAAUAUUGUAAUAAUCACACACGGAUACCGUAAUCGUUACGCACUGAUAUUGUAAUAAUCACACACUGAUAUUGUAAUAAUCACACACUGUAAUAUUGUAAUAAUCACACACUGAUACUGUAAUAAUCACACUGUAAUAUUGUAAUAAUCACACUGUAAUAUUGUAAUAAUCGCACAGUGAUACAGUAAUCGUUACGCACUGAUAUUGUAAUAAUCACACACUGAUACCGUAAUCGUUACGCACUGAUAUUGUAAUAAUCACACACUGAUAUUGUAAUAAUCACACACUGUAAUAUUGUAAUAAUCACACACUGAUACUGUAAUAAUCACACUGUAAUAUUGUAAUAAUCACACUGUAAUAUUGUAAUAAUCGCACAAUGAUACAGUAAUCGUUACGCACUGAUAUUGUAAUAAUCACACACUGAUACCGUAAUCGUUACGCACUGAUAUUGUAAUAAUCACCCAGUGAUACCGUAAACGUUACGCACUGAUAUUGUAAUAAUCACACACUGAUAUUGUAAUAAUCGCACAGUGAUACCGUUAUCUGUUGGCCAGUGAUAAUUAAUGUGUUGUCACUUUCUCUUUCCGCAGUGCAAGAUGGAGUGUAAGGAUAUCUCGGCUGAUAUACUAUAUGAUGUUCUCCACGAUGUAGAAUAUCGGAAGAAAUGGGACAGUAAUGUUAUUGAGACCUUUGAUAUUGGGAAACUGACAGUCAACGCAGACAUUGGAUACUAUGCAUGUAAGUCUAGAUUUCAGGGGAAGGAGCAUAGAAUUUAUUGAGUAUUACGUGUAAAAAUAAAAUGCGCUAAAUAUAGGGAAACUCGUGUCGUUCCACUGGAAUCGGUCAUAGUCGCCAUUGGCCUUGCGAAGCUUGGUCCUGAACUUUGUGUAUUCAUUCACACAGACUGUAAUCGUUACGCAGUGAUAGUGUAAUAAUCGCACAGUGAUACUGUAAUAAUCACACAGUAAUAUUGUAAUAAUCGCACAGUGAUACUGUAAUAAUCACACAGUGAUAUUGUAAUAAUCACGCAGUGAUAUUGUAAUCGUUACGCAGUGAUAGUGUAAUAAUCACACUGUAAUAUUGUAAUAAUCAAAUAUUUUAUCUUAUUUUAUUUUAUCUUAUUUACAUAGGCUGAUUUCUAAACACAUUUAUUGUAGUUUAAGGACACAUUACUGGGAGUAUUAUUGCUGUGGAGCUCUGUUAUACACUCAGACACAUUACUGGGAGUAUUAUUGCUGUGGAGCUCUGUUAUACACUCAGACACAUUACUGGGAGUAUUAUUGCUGUGGAGCUCAGAUAUACACUCAGACACAUUACUGGGAGUAUUAUUGCUGUGGAGCUCUGUUAGACACUCAGGCACAUUACUGGGAGUAUUAUACUGUGAUAUACACUCAGUCACAUUACUGGGAGUAUUAUUGCUGUGUAGCUCUGUUAUACACUCAGACACAUUACUGGGAGUAUUAUUACUGUGGAGCUCAGAUAUACACUCAGACACAUUACUGGGAGUAUUCUGGUACUUUGUUAGAAUUCUGAGAAGAAUAAUUAUUUUCCCGUGUUAAAGCCGUGACUCACAGAUUGUAUUUCUACGAUAGGGAGCAACUUCUAAAACAUUUUGCAGGGAAUUUCAGAAAGAAUAUUAAAAAACAACAACAUGCAAAUGACUUUGUAAAGUUUUCAUUUUCUAAACAUCGUCUACGAGUAUUUUAUUUUUUAUUUCUGUUGUUACGAACAUCACGCUACAAACAGCAUCGGAAUUAUUCAAACUGGGAAUAUUCUCCGUCAGAUAGACUUUCAGCUCGAGUACUCUGGCCUUAAAUCUGAAAUCCACUUUGCAUUCUCACUUUAGUAAAUAUCUCUGUAAGACUGGUAGAGCAGGGUUUACUAAUAGGAUCUGAUUUUAAUUGAAGAGAGAACCUUGUCACAGUUUGUAUUCAGGGCCAGUCUGGGUUCCAAUCCGCUGUUCUAUGUGACCGUUGUUCCCCAUUUAUUUAGAUGAAGUCUAUUUGCAAAGCCAAUGUUUAAUUUAUUUGUUUGAUUACUUUUAUUUUAAUUAUUUAUUUGCAGUGAUUCAUGCAAAGUGGUUUCUGGUGUCAAGUUCACUUUAAAUGAACUCCCUGUCCAAACCGAGCUGAGUCCUCCUCCCAUCCGCUAAUUGGAUUUAUAACACGAUGGCUUUCAUGCUCCUGCACCCAAAUCUAGCUGCUCCAAGAAUUCAUUAUAUCAUUUCUAUUUAUAGAUCAAAAUACUUUUUUGUUUUAAAUGUCUUAUUUUACAUUUGUCCAACUUCUAAGGGAUUCACUGCAAACAAAUAGAAAAACAAUCAUUCAUUCAGAAAGAAACAUGAUACUUGGUUUAUAGCAGCAGCCAGGAUGCUUUUAUUAACUGGUUUAGCCUCAUUCAUGGUUUUUCAUGAAUGAAAGUACUCAUAGGCAUUCACGCAUUUUCUGUUGUAGAAAGCUAUUGACAAUUAUCCUACACUGUGAGUUUUAUCAAUAUUUAACCCCUUAUGGACCAAACUUCUGGAAUAAAAGGGAAUCAUGACAUGUCACACAUGUCAUGUGUCCUUAAGGGGUUAAACCUAAUUAAACCAAAACACAUUAUUCAACAGAAACUAUUCUUUAUGCAUCAGCAUGUCACAUCUUUCUCUCCCCAGGGAAAUGCCCUAAACCGUUAAAGAACCGUGAUGUCAUCACUCUACGCUCCUGGCUGCCAAUGGGAAACGAUUAUAUCAUCAUGAAUUAUUCUGUUAAACAUGCGGUGAGUUCCAUCAUGAAUUAUUCUGAGCGUGCGCUGAGUUCCCUUGGCUGCUAGGCUACGAUGUUACUGUGAUAUUUAUCCUGGGUAUCCGGACAAGCUUUGGGAAGGAGACGGUAAAUCACUGCCUGUCACCAGCUCUCUCAGCUCUCUGCCUGUCCGCCGUGACAGAUCCAGGUGAAGAUAGAUGUUUAAAAUCAGCUCAAAUGUUUCCGCCUGAAUACAUCAUACACAGUUCCUCUUGCUAAUAUUGGCACCCUCAGUAAAUAGCUUCCUAGUCACCCAGGUGUUUGAAUUAUUAUUGUUAAUCAGAAUAUACUGAUUAUUAUUGGUAUUUAUAUAGCGCCAACUUAUUCUUCAGCACUUUAUAAUAUUAUAAAAGGAGAAAUUUAACAAAAUGUUACAGUAACCACAGGACCCUGUAUGAGCUUACUGCAAAUCUAUUUUUGUCAUAUGAAUUGAUAGAGGUGCCGAUAAUUGUGCCACACAUACAUUUAGCAAAGAUUUCUUUGGGGAUAAACUAUGUGUUGCUUUUGCAAUUGUUUGCUAUCCAUGAGAGCAGAUUAGUUUUGUGUAUUUUUUAAUAAAAGAUCAAUAAAGACAAUUUGUCCGAGCCAUUUUGCUCAUAUUUACCAAGAGUGCCAAUAUUGGUGGAUGACGAUGUAUAUCUAAACCAGGUCAUUUUGUGUGUGUACAUCAAUGUCCCUGCCCCUGGUGCUGCUGAUUAUAAAGAGUCUACUUAACUCAACUUGUGUAUUUGGUUUUAAAAAAAAAUUGUGUUUCGUCCCAAUUUUGGGUGAUCAGUGAUUUGUCCGAAAAGGACAAUGCACAAAACUGUUUCAUUUCUGACUUGGAGUUCUGUCUGUAACACUUGUAAAAACAAGAUGAUUGAUGGAUGGGGACAGCCGCUAAGUGUGGAUUUAAUUCACAGAUGAAGUGAGAAGUGAUAAAUAGAGUGCAAAAAUAAAUCUAUAUUUAAGGAAAAUAUAAUCUAUAAAUAUACACUGUUUGCUCUCACUACGAUAUGAUGGCAGGAGGAUGUUGGGCUGUUACACAGAGCGCAAAGUCAGCUUUAAAUCAAUAUUUCAUGAUUUCUCCUGCUUCCCUCCUAAGUUCCCAUCCUGCGUUCCGUCUGCAUAGCGUCAUAUAGAGUGUGAGGAAUAGUGCAAAAAAAUGAUUGUUUCCCUUAUAUUUUUUAGGCUCAGUGGGAUUAUUUCCUGCUGCAGCUCCAUUAGCCCCUAGGACGGUUAAUCCAUUCCUGCGAUUGUGUGUGCCUGUCUGUCUGUGUGUAUAUUGUGUGUGCAUGUCUGUCUGUGUGUGCAUGUCUGUCUGUGUGUAUAUUGUGUGUGCGUGUCUGUCUGUGUGUAUAUUGUGUGUGCGUGUCUGUCUGUGUGUAUAUUGUGUGUGCGUGUCUGUCUGUGUGUAUAUUGUGUGUGUGCGUGUCUGUCUGUGUGUAUAUUGUGUGUGUGCAUUUCUGUCUGCGUGUAUAUUGCAUGUGCAUUUCUGUCUGUCUGUGUGACAGUCACACACACACACUCGCACACACAGUUACAGGCAGACAGUCACACACUCACAGUUACAGGCAGACAGUCACACACACAGACAGUUACACUCACGGGUUACAGACACACACACAUGCAGACAGUCAGACAGACACUUACCAUUAUGGGCUGGCGGGGGAAUGGAGGCAGGGCAGUUCCUGUAUUCUAGUUCUUGGGGAAGCAGGGACUCCUUCCCCCAUCCUGUGCUGCAGUUAUUACCAGGGGCUUCUGGUAGGUUUUAGCCCCACUGCCGCCCUAUUUAUUUCAUAUACCCUGGUGGUGAAUGGUGAAUCCCUCCACCUGGGUACUUCCAUUAGCUCCCCUUGCACAGCUCGCACACCCCUUAGGCCGGCCCUGGCUGCCGGUAUAUUGUACGCUAUCAGCCAUGUCUCAUUCUCUCUUCCUUUCUAGAAAUAUCCCCCCAAGAAGGAUCUGGUGAGGGCUGUCUCCAUCAUGACCGGGUACGUCAUUCAGAGCGGUGGGGCCAAGGCCUGUACUCUCACCUACCUUGCACAGGUAGACCCCCGAGGUGAGUUCUAGGCUCUGUAAGAUGCUGAUAGGUUGCGCAGGGUAUAUAGUAAAUCCCAAUAUAAAACCAAUAAAUGGCCAAUGUCACCUUGCAGUACUGCACGGAUAGUCCCUCCGGGAUUCCCAUACACUCCAAGAACCAUAACCACUACAGUGCCCCCAUUCCCCAUUACAACUCGUCAGUGAUGUCAAUGCAAGUCAGUAAUGAUAUGACUGGGGUUCACCAGAAGCCAUUCCCCGCCUCCACUACUUCUGACAGAGAAGUGUGAGCUGUGUGAGCUAUAGAUGGCUCUCUUUUAGCCAAUGUGCUAGGCCAGCACUGAAAGGGCUUAAUUCAAGCAACUCUUAAAGCAGAGAGAGACAGGGACCGGGGACUGUAAACAGUUUGAUGACUACUUACCUUGGGGGGACUAGUGCACUCAUGACACCAUAACUACUAUAAUACACUGUAGUGGUUAUGGUGCUUAGCGUUACUGUAACUACAUUGAUAUUUUAUUAGAGAUUUAAUGUGAUUUUGAUCAAUGCACAGCGAGGAUAUUUAAUACAGAAAGACUAAAACAUUUCAGGACUACAGGUUCCCUUCUAUCACUGUCACCACCCUUUUCUGCUAAAAAUUAAAGAGACACUAUAGGCACCAAAACAACUUUAUGUCAAUGAUACAGUUUUGGUGUAUAGAACACGCCCCUGCAUGUUCUUUGCCAUGUAUGAGUUAAAUCAUUUUUGUUUCUGUUUAUGCAGCCAUAGCCACACUUCCCCUGGCUGGGAAUCACACUGCCUGCAUGACAAAAAAUGGAUCUUUACAGAGCAGGAGCUAGGAACUUCUAAAUUAAAUUUUAAAUUGAACUAUAAUCACACACAGAAGGCACCUCUACCAGACUACUAACAGAGUAGACGAUAAAACAUUCUAACUUAAACAGAAUCUGCAUUAGAUGACUCUUUACAGGAAGUGUUUUGGAAGGAUAUGUAAGUCACAUGCAGGGAGGAGUGGCUAGGGCUGUAUAGACAAAGUGAUUUAACUCCUAAAUGGCAGAGGAUUGAGCAGUGGUACUGCAGGGACAUGUUCUAUACACCAAUACUUCUUUAUUAAGCUAAAGUUGUUUUGGUGACUAUAGUGUCCCUUUAAGUUUAAUAAAGAUUAUUUACAUUGUUUCCAGCGCAGACACUUCUUCACUGCAGCUGCCCGCUCUGCCUCCUAAUAUGUCUGCAUGCCUUACUUUAGUAAUUAGCCCUGAAAAAUGUAUUUGCUGUGACUGACAGAACUAUUAACUAUAAUAUGCAGAGAAAUGUGAAUAUAAAUUGUUUAGAAGGCCUCCAACAACCAAGACAUUAAUUGAAGAAUGUUGGAAUACAUUUCACUAAUACUCUGACAGACCCAGCAAGGGCUCUUAUCUUCAUUGUUUCUAUCUAUUUAUAUUGUGUACAGUAUACCUGUGUGUAAAAGACGAUUUAUACAGUCCACUCUCUAUUUAGGUUCCUUGCCAAAGUGGGUUGUGAACAAAUCCUCGCAGUUUCUUGCUCCAAAGGUAAGGAAACAAUUAGGGAGAAUCUUUGUACUUGACCUCACCAUGAUCAAUUCUGUUUAACUCUAAGGGUGUUUAUUCUACUAGCUUUUAUAUAGCUCCAACAUAGUCUGUGGUGAUGUAAAUACAAUGGGAAUAUCUCACAGCAAGCAACUGACCAACCAAUUAAUGCUGACAUAUAUAAAGGGUGUAGAGGGCCCUGCUCAGCUUCCUAUAUAGGAUAAUUCAUAAAAGAACUGCAAAUUCUAGGCCUCGGGUAACCCAAAUGGAAAAACAUUGCCACCUCAGAAGGGUGUCCCCAACUUUAAAAUUCUGGUCCAACGUUGGCAGUUGGCAGGCUGUCUCUCCAUAAAUCACAGUUUUGGGGACAAUCUCUGUAUAUUUUAUUAGUCCACCCUUACUGAAGUGACAAAUUGGAUACAGACCGUAAAUGCGGUCACUUCCUAGAUUACAUAUUAUGCGUUAUUGCCCAUUCCAUAUUUUGAUAUUAAUGUUUUGUACCAUGGCCUGCAGGCUAGUGCCGGGGUGUAAUCCUGCGGUGAUCAGGUGAAGCUGGCCUGUAAAGCUUUCUACAAAACACAUAUGAUGUCACAAACCAUUGAUGACAUCACACUUUAUAAACGGCACCAGCAAUUGCUCAGUGUUCUGAUUGAAGUAUGUGAGUCAGGAAUGUAAAAUACUAAGAGUGACACGAUAUUACAUUCAGAGUGAAGUAACUGAAACAGGGAAUUGUAAAGGGAAUACAUGAUUUUAGGCUAAAUGUAGGGUGAAUCAGAAAUCGCCAACCAGCACAAUGCCUGUAAGGAUCAGGUCAGUGUUAUUUCUGCCAAAUAUUAUCCUUCAUGGCUGUGAUUUUGAUUGUUGCUGAUUUUUUUUAUCCAGCCUGUAUUUUGGCCUCUCAUUCUCUAUAAAUCUCAUAGAAUUGACGGUUUAGAAAAAUAUACUGCAUGUUAGAUCGUUAUGUUGGGCAAAGGGUGAAUGUAUCCCCUGCAUUAUUCAGGUAGGAGGGGAUUUAACUCUGAAUGAUUGUUUUACUGUUGAUGUCAGGUGUUCAGACCGUUUGGCCAGAACCCUGGCAUUUCCAGUAAUUGUGAGAGUGAAUGAGGGAGUGAGUGUGGCGGACCUGGCCACUUAUUCCUAUGAUUUCCCUGGUUAUUUUAUGUUUUAUCCCUUUGUCGUUCGGGAGACUUCAAACUAACGGAAUCCUUUUGUCUCCUGAACGAGGACCACCCCUGUACACCAUUAGAACGUUGACACCAGCCACACAGUGCGAAAUCACAAGGGGAAUAACGAAUGAAUGUUCCCCCUGGGUGGCCGCCAUUUCGUAUAUAACCGAACAUGUGGCAGACAAAAAAAUGGCAGCCGUCUUGUCUCCUGAACGUAGGCAGCAGUAUUUGGUCGUCGAGUGCCUGGAACUCUUUUCGGCUAGGCACUCAUGCGGACGCUGGUAAAACCUAGACCGUUGCCCGUUCUAUUUCCCGACCACCUACACGAAUGACGUUCGGGAGAUAUGAACUACAUUCGUAUCCUAAAAUGAAGAGAUUCCCUUGCUUGGUGUUCGCAUAGGAACCUCACGAACGGAGACCGGUCAAAACCUUACCUCAAUGGCAUUCCCGUUUUAUUAAAUCGAUCUGAGUGAUUCUUGGAUAUGUUGUACACUCAGACCAGGGCUAUCGGGGAAUGUACUUUUUGUGGGGUUCUUGAGGAUGGUGGGGACACGUUUGGGGAGCAUUAUAUAUUGUUGGAUUUUCUGAACCUGAUAGAUAAUUAAAUAAAAUACAUUUUCUCAGGCAAUUACGCACAGAGGAUCCUGGGAUUGAAACCCCUGUUUUAUUGUGUGGUAAACCCCUUGUAGGGGACUGGGCAUCAAAGCCGGUUGUGGCUCAGUAAAAAUCAGUUGACUCCCAGAACUGUGUGUCGUCCAGUUAUUGGGGGAAUGGGCUAUAUCUGCUAAACUGCGCUUUUUUCCAGCCUCAGAGAAUCCCAGUGGAGAUUUUGGAAUUUAUUAUUGCAGCUCUGCUGCAGUGAGUGAAUGAGGAAGUAAGUGAGUGAGUGAAUAUGUGAGUAAUUUAAAUAGUGAAUGAGGAGGUAAAGGAGCGAGUGAAUAAAUGAGUGAAUUUGUGAGUAAUGUAGAUAGUGAAUGACUAAAUAGUACAGAGGGAGAGCAAGGGAUUAUCCCUUAUAGAUACCUGUGUAUAUGUAUACAGUAUAUAAUAUCGUAUUUGUUUUUAGUUCUAAGAAUGCUGUUAGACUGCCGUGGUAAGCUUGGUAAAUCAGUCGUACCCAAACCCAGCCUCUCAGAGAUUUUUAAUAUCUUCCAAAUGCAGAUAACACAUUAAAAAAAUAACUGAAAUAAUAUAUCUGUUUGUGUGCUGGCAGACUGUAAACAUAUUGCUAUAAAUAGAUUUACUGCAAUCUGCUUUAGUCUGUUAACCAGCUGGGUUAUGGAGUGAUGGUCUGUGCUCAGCCGCCCAAAAUGAUAUCGCUAACCCCGGAAAAAAUGACUUUAGCUGUAUAUGUCCUAGAUCAGGCUGAAUCCUCCGCAAACGUGCACUGAGCCUAAACCAAUCCUUUCACACACACUGAAUUAUUUUAUUUAUUUCGCAAAUAUGUGUCGUUUGUCACUGUAAUAGUUUAAAUGAAAAUCUGCAUAUUUUAUAAAUGAUAUCAGUAGUGACUGUGAUACUCCCUGGCAGGGACUGGCUAGUCUGACCUUUCAUUUAAAAUUCUUAGAUUUUUUUACUUGAGUAAAUAAUCCUUUAAUAACCCUUUGUGAACCACGGUAAGGCCAUUGGAGUCCUUGCAUUUUCAUUAUCACUUUUAUUUUAUUAGUGAAUAAGAUACCGAAUGUCCUCCUAUGCUCAAAAGACCCUUUAGUUUAGGGCAUGUGAUGAACGUAUCAUAGAUUUUACUGUUCUAUAAUUAAGCUACAUAAGUGAAUUUUAAUAUUUUUCCCCUAAAUCCUAAUCUGAUUUAAUUUCAUCUCAUCUAUUUCCAGGCCAUGAAGAAGAUGUACAAAGCUUGUCUGAAAUAUCCCGACUGGAAGAAGAAACACAAUCCCCAGCACAAGCCUUGGCUGCAUCCGGAGCAGAACAACCUGCCCACCAUCAGUCUUUCGGAGGUGUCCGUCCAACAUGCCGACUCUCUAGAAAACAUUGAUGAGAGUGGCGUGUCAGAAAACAAAGACGAUCGAGGAGAGGCCAGUGAUGAUGAUAGCGUCAACUAAGAGCUUGGCUUCUCCAACCAAUACUCAUUCUCUUGUGUCCACCGGGGUCUUCAUCAGUAGGACCCUACCGAUGGGUCAAUGGAAAAAGACUUAUUAGGAAAUAGGAAGAGAGUUAAAUACAGAGUAAUUUUUUAUACAGCUCCAAAGGGCGCUGGGCUUUUGUAUUUUGGGCUCGUGUCAAUAACUCAUUCACCAGCAGAGAAGGUUGCAACAAAUAAAAUGGGUGGGAUCUCUUUUUUUUAAAAAUAAUGUUUAUGGUUGGUAUGAAGAUGGGGGGUGGUGAUAUUAUGGUCCCCCCACCAUACCCUGUGAGUUAUUGUAUACUUGUGGCUGUAUUUCUGUGAAUCUUAAUUCACACGAGGUACCUGCAGAAUUUAUUUUCAAGCCCAGCAGAUCAUCUCACCCCAUAUCUUCUAAAACUGCCUCAAUAACUCGUAGAUAUGUUGCAACCCCCUCUCGGUAGGAAGGCAUCAACAUUUUAUAUCAUUACUUUAAAGUUGCAGGUUAGAAAUGGUCCCCUCGAUCGACUAUCUCACUUGCCCCCAAUAAACAAAAAAAUAAUAAUCAAAAAUGAAGAAAAAAAAACCAAAAUACUUCACAUCACAUUUUGUCAUUUACAAAUCCUGUAGUUUAAGAGUAGUUUAGUAACAAUCUUGAUUCAAUCUGAAACUUGUUUUUUUAUUUUAUUUAAACUCAUUAUAUAAUUAAAAAUAAAUUAGAAUUGAAAUAUAGACUAAACUGACUAGCCCCCUCCCCCACUGCCAAUCACAAUGGGAGUUUCAGUAAUUUGAGUCUUAACCCCUUAAGGACCAAACUUCUGGAAUAAAAUGGAAUCAUGACAUGUCACACAUGUCAUGUGUCCUUAAGGGGUUAAAUGAAUUACUCCAAACACUGAAAAUACUGUAAUCAUUAAUUUAAAAAUUUUAUUUCGGGGUUUGAUUUCAAGGGACAUAAAAAAUUAUCUAAAAAAUAGACUAUUAUAUUUAAAUGCACUGUGAAAGAAUGUUUGUAGCAUUACAGUCGGUCAGAAUGUGUGCAGGUGGCUAAUACGUCUUUCUGUAAUUUAAUUGUUCUGUGUUUCAUUUUACGUUCGUUUCUUCCUCUCUGCCCCAGGAAGCCAUCACUAGAGCAGAUUCAUUAUUUUAUUUAACGCCCCAACAUUCGUAGCAUACACAUUGCUGCUUUUAAUUAUUUUAACAAAAUAUUAAAGGAGGUAUGGAGAUUCACAGGGAGAAACAUUUAAAUGGGAAGAGAUAAUAUAAAAUCUUAGUGGGGAUACACGUUUUAUUAUUGUUCAGUGGGAUCGUAAAACCUGAGGAGCAUACAUAUAAUUUUAACGCAAACUUGUGCCACCACAGAGACAUGCUCCAGAAAGAUGUCAGACUGGCCUAGUAAAUGGGCAGCCCAAAAUCUUCUAUGAAUGGGCGAAUCUAGAACCCCAGGCCUCACAUAGGCUUCAAUAGCAGCUCACAGCUUGUAUGACUAGAAACCCGUGAACAAUACGGACAUGUCUGGUUACCCUGACUCUUAGGGCAAAAGGUCCAUCUCGCAGAAUAAGAUGAUAGGGUUUCGUUUAUGGCUAAGUCAGUACCAUCUCACAGAACAAGCUGUUAAGUUGGGUCCAUUCAUGGCUAAGUCAGUAUCAUCUUACAGAACAAACUGUUGCAUUGGGUCCAUUCGUGGCUAAGUCAGUACCAUCUUACAGAACAAACUGUUAUGUUGGGUCCAUUCGUGGGUAAGUCAGUACCAUCUUACAGAACAAACUGUUACGCUGGGUCAAUUCGUGGCUAAGUCAGUACCAUCUUACAGAACAAACUGUUACGUUGGGUCCAUUCGUGGCUAAGUCAGUACCAUCUUUCAGAACAAACUGUUAUGUUGGGUCAAUUCAUCACUGAGUCAGUACCAUCUCAUAGAACAAACUGUUACGUUGGGUCCAUUCAUGGCUAAGUCAGUACCAUCUUACAGAACAAACUGCUAUGUUGGGUCAAUUCAUGGCUAAGUCAGUACCAUCUCAUAGCACAAACUGUUACGUUGGGUCCAUUAAUGGCUGAGUCACUACGAUCUCAUAGAACAAGUUAUUAAGCUGGGUUCAAUUGAUGACUGAGUCAGUACUAUCUCAUAGAACAAGCUGUUAAGUUGGGUGCAUUCAUGGCUGAGUCAGAACCAUAUCACAGAACUAGCUGUAAAGUUGGGUCCAUUCUUGGCUGAAGAGCUAAUCUGAGUUUGGUUUAAGAUGGGAAGAUGUUGUAGGUUACCUAUUUCACAUAAUAACAUUUGCAACCCAAAUAUUCCAUAUCAUCCUAUUCAUCAAACCAAGCUCACCCCCAUAAGCUCAUCAGUUAAUUGACCAGUUUCGAUUUUCUGCGAAAAUGAAGGAUUACACUCAGAUCACCGUCGUUUGCAAAGUGACUUGGUGUGAAAAAACAAUGUGGGGGAAAAAGACACAAUGUACUCCUAACAUUUACCACUAUAAGAGCAGCUAAUUACUAACAUGGGGUCUGUCCCCUAUUCUGACAUUUAUUUUUUCCCCAAUCAUCUGCCUCUAACUUUUUACCCAUCUCCAACUCCAAGUCCACCUUCAGGGAAGAGAUAUUGUUAUCGCAGACUCCACUCAUACAUGACCUCAUCUAAAUGCCUCUUAGACCAAAUUCUAGUCCACUGUGACAUCAUAAUAAAACCACUCUGGAGGUCCUGUUGCAGACUCCGAUGAUACAGAAAUGAGGACGGAGUUUUAAUGGGUUUUCCAGAGAUGAAUGGCCCUCAAGAGCCACAGUAGCACCUCCGAAUGUAGCCCUGAAACGCACAGUCAAAUAAAGCUGAAAUUAGUAUUUUGGGAUCUUAGAAUACAUUUGCUAGCACACCUCUGAUGUUCACUGUGUACUAGUGGACUAUUAUAAUAGAAUGCCUAGAACGUAUGGGUACAUAUUGUAGUGUAUGAGGUUCCAGGUGACAUUAGUUUUGUAGUCCAGUAAGCCGCUCUGUGUGAGGGACUGAGGAUUGAAAUGAGCAGUUAUAAAAUUAUUUUGUUAUAUAUAAAUAUACAGUGUAUUCGUUAUGGUAUCCUCAUUCCUCACCUGCUCCUCACAUCUAACCAAGUUCUCUCAAAGGUUUGUGAAAGAUAUUUACCAUGUGGCGUUCAAUGCAUCAUGGGAAAUGUAGUUUACAAACACGUGGGGUGCUAAGGUUAAGUAUCCACCAUGGCCAAUGAACAAUCUCCAUUACUGUUGAGUUUAGUGCUCCCGGCACUGGGAGAGACAGUAAAAAGAUUACACCAUCCACACAACUGUAAUCAUAGUUUGUGUAAAGAUCUCCAGGUGAAAAUGAGCUAUUAGUCACGUUUCACAAAUAACGAUUAAUGCAGAAUUACAAAGGGAUUUCAAAAUGGCAGACCUUUAGAAACGUAUUAUAAGAUACAUCACUUGUCAGCACAAAUUGCCUGUUUGUUGUUCAUUUCUAUGUUGGUGCAAUAUUUAGACUGAAUAUCAUUUCUGUGAAUAAUCACUUUAUACAUUACUACAGACACUAACUGAUUCAUCUGAUCAACCUUUUAUAAAGCUCCCCUAUUGUGGCCCAAGGGCAAUGGGUUGCGCAGUCUGACACUGACGAUCAAAAGGAAAUAAUGGAGACACGUUCUCAAAGUGAAGCAAUCAGUGAGAAUAAUCCAGCUGUUUCCAUGGUGACUGCUCCACGUUUGGAAUAUUUCCUGACUUUCUGUUUGCUACACUUUGACACAUUCCCCCUUUUAUUAAUUAAGGGUUAAACCCCCCAAUGAAUAGAUAAAGAACAGUUCUAUCAUUAUAAGGUGUUUGUACGCUGAGUGAGCUUUAGGUGGGCCGCCCUCACAUACCCCCGUCUGUAUACAGUGCUCCCUGAUGUGGCUAAAUGGUCUAGUUAUGCCAUCUGUCUGCUUAUUGGUAUAAACCUGUGCCCGAUGUUCUUUCACUGACCUAAACUGUGGGUUGAUUGUAAGCCAUCACUGCCAACUGACUCUGUGAAUAAAAUGCUUUGUACAGACGUG